GACCGGAUUGAGGUGCAGAGGGCUCUGGCAGGUGCUGGGUUUCGUCGAGUGCGAGUUCAGUGGUGCGCUGGGCGAUUUCCGUUCUUUUCCAGUUUGACUGCCAACGAAAAUGCAGAAGAGGAAGGAACCUAUUCACGCCGUUCAAGUCUUCGGACGCAAGAAAACCGCCACGGCCGUUGCAUACUGCAAACGUGGUCGAGGACUAUUGCGGGUCAAUGGGCGUCCUUUGGAGAUGAUUGAACCCAAAGUUUUGCAGUACAAACUGCAGGAACCUUUGCUGUUGCUCGGCAAGGAAAAAUUCGCUGGAGUUGAUAUCCGCGUUCGUGUAAGCGGUGGUGGUCAUGUUGCACAAAUCUAUGCCAUCCGACAAGCUAUCUCCAAGGCUCUUGUAGCUUUCUAUCAAAAAUACGUUGAUGAGGCAUCCAAGAAGGAAAUCAAGGACAUCCUCAUUCAAUAUGACAGGACUCUAUUGGUAGGAGAUCCACGUCGUUGUGAACCCAAGAAAUUCGGUGGUCCAGGUGCUCGUGCCCGUUACCAAAAGUCUUACCGUUAAGCAAUUUUUUUUCACACACUCCACACGUUUAUUGUAUAUGGAAAUUCUCUUUAUAUACUUUUGUCGCCAUAACAACUACACGACUAAUGAGGAGAAUAAAUAUGUUUUAAGAUAAA